AUGAAGAGGGGGGAGCUAAUUGGAUGUGGGUAUUUCAGCGUUAUAAAUCAGCUCAAAACUAGAGUAGAAUAUGUGAAUCGAGGCAACACUCUUUCCCGUCUGAGGAAGCACAAACGCACCCAGAGAGAUGAGGAUGGUGAUGAUGACCAGCCAGCAGUAGCUACAUGUGCAAGAAUCGACAGUUAUGGGUGUGUUCGUUGGCAGCCAGAGGACUAUCCAGAUGGGGAAACAUCAGCAUCAUUAAAGGAAAAGAAGCUUGAGAUGAUGGAUAUAUUCAGCCGAGAGGGACUCAAGGGCGCUGAGAGAGGAAGGGUAGAAGACCUAAUGGCAAUCACUUAUGCCAAACAGCGGGAAUACAUCAACGCAAAGCCUUCCCCAAGCAUUCUGGAUGUGUGUAAAGAGUGGCCAUUUCUCUUUUCACAGAAGUUUUUAUUGUCACACUUCACCACUCUCACCAAUGUUGAACUAUACACAAGACUGAAUGAAGAUUUGGACAAAAAGGGUAAAAGACUCCUGGAUUUCUUCAGUAGUCAGAUUACAAAGUGGAGGAAAGAAGUAAGAGCUGUUCUGAAGGAAGCCAUAAAGAAGGACCGAGAAGGAUCUGAUGGCCUUGCAGCGAUGCUUGUGAUGUUGGCACACUUCAAAGAGCAAGAGGAGUCACUUUUUCUCAUUGCUGAUGAGACUACCACUCCCGCAGACGCAGAGGCCCAGCUGUCUCUCCCAAUCACUCCAAGGAUCAUCAUGCUCGGAGAGACAAUCCUGACUGCAAAAAAAUGGAUGCUGUCGAUCGAGGGGAGGGUCGUAAUCCCACCUGGUGCUCACAUGGCGGACUUCACCACUGCCUUGGCCGCUCUCUUCGCCUGUUACUAUGAAAUUAACCUAGAGUAUCAGGUGGAAGCCAGCACAACACUGGAGUUUGUUCAGAGGUUUUUAGUCAGGAUUAAUCCUGACUCCAACAAGUGCACUGCCAAGGAGCAGAUGAGCAAGACGACUGGGAGAGUGGUGAAACGGAAGACUUCAUACAUGAACCCCCAUGUAAUCUCCUUCAUCAGGGAAUUCACAGAGUUCUAUUUGCUAACUGACUAGAUACAGCUCACUUUGAAGACAGUCACUACACAGAUGUCUUAUGUACUUUUAUUUGAUGAGAGCCUGAAUAAUUA